AGACUAGCAGACGAGAUUAUUUGUGUCUCGGGCGCAACUAUGCAAAUAGACAUGUCGUAUGCAAAUCAACCUAUGAGCCGGGCUUCAGGCACUUUAAGAACAGGUAUAUAAGAUGAUCUCUAACGCUGACAUCGACUUGAUCAUCAGAUUCACUAUCAUUCAACCUCCAAACUUCUUUCUCAUCCGCAUCAGCCAUGAAGAUUACUCUGACUACCAUUCUAUUGUUGAGCGGGCUCUCCAUCGCUGCCCCAGCCGCAGAGCCCGAACCUCUCUUUUCUCGCCAAGCAGCCCAGAGUAUCCAUGCUGCUAUGGUCAAGAAGGGUAGGAAGUAUUUUGGUACCGCCUCCGACCCAAACCGGUUCAACAGUGGCAGUAACGGCGCGAUCAUCAAGGCAAACUUCGGACAAAUCACGCCUGAGAACAGCAUGAAAUGGGACUCCACUGAGCCAAGUCGUGGCAACUUCAACUUCGGCACUGCCGACCAGACCGUCAACUUUGCAACUACCAACGGCAAGCUGAUCCGUGGCCACACGACUGUGUGGCACUCACAGUUGCCGUCAUGGGUGUCAUCUAUCAAUGACAAGGCGACACUUACGGCUGUGAUGCAGAAUCACAUCACGCAACUGAUGACGCGUUGGAAAGGCAAGGUGUACGCCUGGGAUGUGGUCAACGAAAUUUUCGAAGAGAACGGUAGUCUCCGCUCCAGUGUCUUCUACAAUGUUCUUGGCGAGGAUUUCGUCCGCAUUGCCUUUGAGGCAGCCCGCAAGGCUGAUCCCGCUGCGAAGCUGUACAUUAACGACUACAACCUCGACUCUGCCACCUAUGCGAAGACUACCGGCCUAGUCAACAAAGUCAAAGCCUGGCGUGCCGCCGGCGUGCCCAUCGACGGCAUCGGUUCGCAAGGUCAUUUGUCGUCCGGCAUGGGCGCAAAUGCCCCCGCUGCCAUGGCUGCACUGUGCGGUGCAGCACCCGAGUGUGCUCUGACCGAGGUUGACAUCCAGAAUGCUCAACAGUCAGACUGGACCAAUGUGGUCAAGGCCUGCUUGAACCAGGCGAACUGCGUCGGAAUCACGGUGUGGGGUGUUCGUGAUAGUGACUCUUGGAGACCUUCGGGCAACCCGCUCUUGUUCGACUCGAACUUCCAGGCGAAGCAGGCAUACAACACGGUCUUGGCGGCACUACAGUAGAUAGUACUAGCACGGGAUCAUCAAAUCCUGCCGGCACCUUGUCACUAUGAGUCUAUCUACAACAGUAUAUAGAUACAU